AUGGCUCGAAAUUCUCCGCAGUGCCUCUUCGACGAGGCUAACGAAGAAAACUUCUGCGAGCUGGCUGAUAGCUCUAUCUUCGGCUUUCCCGCAGUUCUGUCGAUUUUAGUCAAGGGCUUUGUCCCAAGCGACAAAGAACGGUAUGACGAGCUUCUGCUAGCUGCAGAGCACCAUCGUGACCACGACUUGGAGAUGCUACUGCAAGAGCCCCAAAGGCCAGACCUUGUCGAUGAGACUUGGCGGUGGUCGGCUCUCCACGGUGCCUGCUACUGGAACAGCUUGGACUGCAUUCGCUUGCUGCUUGAGGCACGCGCUCACACAGAUGCUGUGACGGAAUACUCCCCAUGGCAGGGGGACUCAGGUGCCACGCCCCUGGUCGUUGCUGCAUCCAGAGGCAACCAGCGAGCCGUGGCACUUCUGAUCGCUGCAGAGGCAAAUCUAAACUAUGGAACAGAGGUUGGCUGUUCAGCCUUGUUAAUCGCGGCCGUCGGUGCGAAUCGUGACAUCACCCAGCAGCUGCUUUUGGCAAGAGCCGACGUGGACAAGACCACCAACCGCGGCAUAUCGCCCUUGUUCGUAGCUGUACGCAAUGGUGACAAUGGCAGUCUUGGCAUAGUCCAGAUGAUAUUGCAGGCAAAGGCAGCCAUGGACAAAGCAUCCAAGGAGGGGACCAUGAUACCGCUGCACGUUGCAUCAUGGAUGGGUCAUUGUACAACUGUCCAGCUCCUGGUGCAGGCGCGUACGAACGUCAACAAAGCCGACAGGAUGGGUGUAACUCCACUCCACUUGGCUUCAGCAGAGGGCCGCACUCGCACUGCCCGGAUCCUUAUUGACGCCAGGGCGGACUUGAACAUGGCAACCGUCAAGCGCCACACCGCGCUCUUUGCAGCUUGUGACAUGGGUCAAAUCGAGGUAAUUCAGUGCUUGCUCGACGCAAGAGCAGACAUCAACCAAGCUUCCGAUGGGAGCGGACCUCCCUUGGGCGUGGCUUGCUUGCGCAAGUCUGCUGCCGAUGUGGCCAUUCGGAAGAAGUUGAUCCAGGCCAAAGCUGAUGUGAACAAGGCAGAUGAGGAAGGCAAUUGUGCUUUGCACGCAGCUGCCCGUCGCGGGAACCGUGAGGCAGCACAGCUCUUGCUCAAAUCGAGGGCAAACGUGAACCAGGCCAGCUUGACAGGGAUGACGCCGUUGUUGAAUGCCGCAGCUGCAAAUUCUUCCAAGGACACCGGGGAAGUAGCUUCUUUGCUCAUCCAGUACGGGGCCGACCUCGAUCGGCCCGAUGGCAACGGUGAGACGCCCAUCUUUGUGGCUUCGAGCACGGGAAAUCAGAGGGUUGUGAGUUCGCUGCUGAAGUCCAGAGCUGACAUCGAGAAAUGCGAGGACGGCAAGCCGACGCCGAUCUUCAUUGCUGUUUGCAAGGGUUGGACUGACAUCGUGAGGAUGUUGGUCCAUGCCAGAGCCAGACUUGAUAUCAGGAGGGAGAAGGUCACACCACUCAUGGUCGCUUGUAAAAAGGGUCACCGUGAAGUCGCGCAGCAGAUCAUUGAUGCCGGUGCCAACAUUCAGCAAUGCGGUCUGGAUGGGGAUACACCUUUGUCUGUGGCCACGUCGCGAGGUCACUGCUCAGUGGUGCAGCUACUUAUCUCUCGCCGUGCCCAUCUUGACAAAGAAGCGGAGAAUGCCGCCACAGCCCUCUCGAUCGCUGCUUGCAGGGGCGACCAGAAGGUUGUACAGGAGCUGCUUCGCGCUCGAGCACUUGUCAACAAGGCAAAUGCCAAUGGGGCGACAGCAGUUUUUUUUGCUGCCCAGGAAGGCCAUGUAGGAGUCGUGCAGCUCUUAAUUCAGGCCCGAGCCACUUUGGACGAGGUUGCCGAAAACGGUGCGACAGCCUUGUCAAUGGCUUCUUGCAAGGGCCAUGUGAAAAUCGUGCAUCAACUACUUCAGGCUGGUGCUAAGGGCGGCCGCUGA